AUGGGGGAGAGGCUGGGCCGCCCCACGCCCCUCCUAUCCCGCGCACAUGCCUUUGGAUGGGCCAGCAACAGCGUCAAACUAAAAAACUAUGGUGACAAUGAUCAUGACUUCUUGGGUCAGGGCUCACAGAGCAGCCUGGAGGAGGCAGCAGCGGUCAGCCCUUCUCCUAGAGCGACCCGUUCUCCUGUUUCACUGGAACUGGAGCCUGUGGUGAAUAAUGGAUCAAGCGUGCCUGUCUUUACAGGUGGCCACACAAAAGAGCCACCAGCGCACGGCAAACUCGGCCAGGCGUGCUCCUCCUCUGCCCUCUCAAUCUCUACCGCCCUCGUCCCCGGAGAGACGCCGCGCCCGUCGCCCGCCGCUCGCUUCACGCACGGUCCCUAUCACGCCAAGACUAGCAUGCAGGGUGAUGUGUACAACUUCCUAGAGAGACCCGCUGGCCUGAGGUGUUUCCUGUAUCACUUCCUGGUGUUCCUCAUGGUCCUAGUGUGCCUUAUAUUCAGUGUCCUGUCCACUAUCGAGCAGUAUGCUGAUUUUGCCACUGGAUCUCUCUUCUGGAUGGAGAUUGUGUUGGUAGUGUUUUUCGGAUCGGAGUAUGUGGUCCGUCUGUGGUCUGCAGGCUGUCGGAGCAAAUAUGUUGGUGUUAAGGGACGCCUGCGUUUCAUCAGGAAGCCCAUCUCAAUCAUAGAUCUGAUAGUGGUGGUCGCCUCUGUUGUGGUUUUGAGCGUUGGAUCUAAUGGGCAGGUCUUUGCGACAUCAGCUAUCAGAGGAAUCCGUUUCCUGCAGAUCUUGCGAAUGCUGCAUGUGGACCGCCAGGGAGGAACAUGGAGACUUCUGGGAUCCGUGGUCUUUAUUCAUCGGCAGGAGCUGAUCACCACACUGUACAUCGGAUUCCUCGGUCUGAUCUUUUCCUCAUAUUUUGUGUAUCUGGCGGAGAAAGACGCUGUGGAUGAGGAAGGAAAAACUGGUUUUUCCAGCUAUGCUGAUGCCCUGUGGUGGGGUGUGGUUACAGUGACUACAAUCGGCUACGGAGACAAAGUGCCUCAGACGUGGAUUGGGAAGGCCAUCGCUUCCUGCUUCAGUGUGUUUGCAAUAUCUUUCUUUGCUCUGCCCGCGGGGAUUCUGGGAUCCGGCUUUGCUCUUAAAGUUCAACAGAAACAGAGACAAAAACAUUUUAAUCGCCAGAUUCCUGCCGCUGCCUCCCUCAUACAGACGCUGUGGAGAUGUUACGCCUGCGAGAAGCCGGAUGGGUGUGCGGCCACGUGGAAGAUGUACGUGUUGACGGGCGACUACAUCCCCAUCGCAAACUCUGAAAACUCCAGUCCUGGGAAUUUCAGACGCCUGAGCAAGCGAUAUAAGCGAAAGCCCAAAGGCAUGCGUGACAAUGGAUCCAUAGGUCCUGUCGGAGAGAGAACACUCUCCAUCCCUCAGAUCACCUAUGAGCACAUCGAUGACAAAGAUGGCGUCUUCUCAGAAGACUCCCCAGGUAUCACUAAACUCUUUCCAUCAUCAGGUGAGACAGUGAUGGAGUGA